UGCACUUAAACAAAAUUUCCUAUACUUACGUUUUCGUUUACUUUCUUGCAAAAAUUGUUAGAUAGAUUAAAACUAAUUCUCAAUUAGUCAUUUUAACAAUGUUUAACGCUAUUAAAUUCAAAAAAUUUUAUUUUUUAUUUUCGAUUUAUUCUUUUACGUAGAAUCAUCUCUUCUCCGAUCGUACUGUCGAUUUUCUGUAAAAUCGAAUAUUACAGAAAAUAUUUUCGAUCCUUUUCUAUAUGGAACCUUGCGUAAAUAAAUAUUUUAAUUGAAAUGCAUUUUGAUGGUCUUUACGAUAUCACUUUCAAAUAUCGAAUCAGUAAUAAUUUACGUUUAAUUAAGGUAAUAAAAUGUUAUUACAUUGUGAUUUGGAUGUUGAGAAAAAAAUGAGGUGCUAGAUAGGCGAUGGUCAGAUAUGAAAUAUUUGCUUCUGUCGUAUUGAUUUCAUUUGGAAUAACAUUAUAACUGACUCGCUAACGUAUCCAGUAAUUUGUAGUUAGCGAGCAGAAUGAUUAUUUCCAUUGAGGUCUUCGCAAUUUCAGUUAAGUUAUUCAAAGUUUGUAAAAAUUAUUUAAAUGAUUGUAUCAAUCAUGAUACGAAGUAUCAUGUCGAUCAUUAUACGAAAUAGAAGUGAUCGAUUCGAUCUGUGAAGCCCUCUUCCUUUACAAGGAACGUGUUGGCGACGCAUGAGUGAGUGGUAAGUACGGAGGGUGCUCAAAAAAAAAAAAAAAAAAAGAAAAAAAAACCGAAUCAGCUCUCUCUACACUCGACUCACGCCGUUUAUUCUUUACUUUAUCUUAUGCCAAAUUACCAAUGUUCCGAUCGUCGAGUACAUAUAUAGACAUUUCGCAAAUGUUCUUUAUAUAUACGUGUACAGAAAUAGAUUUCAGUGAUUCGACAAGUAUAAGUAUUAUCAUAGUUGUGUUUCGUUCCAAACGAUAGACUUUACGAUCGGAUAACACUCGAAUCGAUUCAUCGGAAAGAUUCCUAUUUCUCCUCUCUUUCUUUCUUCCACAUUAUUAUUAUUAGUACUAUUAUCAUUUUCUUUUUUUUUUUUUUAUCAUUUUAUUAUUUCUUCAGGGUGUCUAUUGAUAGGAAAAACGAAACCAUGUUUUCUACGCAAAACUAUCUCACAGUAGACAUACAUAUAUACACAUAUAUAUACUUAAGUUAAUACAUCGAAAUCUUUAUAACAACAAAUCACUUGCGAUAAAUUACGAGACGAAAAGAAAAACUACGAUAUUUUUUGGAAUUAAUUUAGUAUCGUAGGUUGACGGUGAUUGGAUCUUUAUCCACGGUGGUUUUAAUCGCCAAAGCUUGAACUUUUCAUACGUUUCAUGCUUUCAGAGAAACGGAAAUCGGGCACGUAAACUUAUUGCGAAAGUGUGGCGAAGACGGUGCAAGAGGAGGCUGCAAACUAUAGCCAUGAGAGAGAUAUUGUCUCCUUACUGUAUGUUGACGUUAAUAGAGAUUAUAUAAAUUAUUGUAUAAAAUUGAUUGUAACUCAGCUGGUGUGACUGUGAAAAUACGAAUUCGCCUAAAUUUCUUUUUUUCACUUCCUGAAGGUUCACCACCUCAGUAGGCACCCUGUUUGUCUAUUCUUUCUCUCGACUUCUAUCGUUACUUCUAACGAGAAAAAAAUUAUGAAACAGCAUUACCGCGCCCGUACAACACGUGUACGUACCUAAAUGAACUACGUAUCGUUAUGAAUAUACUUCAUUUUCAGGGGUUGUCUUUCCGAAUCGUGUCUUUCCGCUCUGCUGUCGUUUCAUCGGAAUCAGAGGUGAUUCGUGCAACCGUGUCUACUUUUCACUAUUUAAGGCUGAUAGAAUUCACUGUUGACACUGGAAAACAUUCGGUCAGCCUCGAGAAGUCGCUUCUCGUCACUCGGGGCUAUGUGUAUUUAACUUUAUACGCGCAUAGACAUUGUUUCUCGACUGCGCGCUUUCCUUUCGUUCUGAUUCUCGCGAGAUUCGGCAGGACAAUCUGACGACAGAAUUGGACAUGUAGAAGUUCUGUUAUUUAUUGAGUGUCACAUUAUCAACUUGUUCCGAAUAAAGACGUUCUGUGGAAAGUUCGAAAGAUUAGGCAUAGUCUGUCGUUCUGGGAACUAUCUCCUCUUUUUAACUUUUAACUAGAGCGGAAGGUAAUACAUAUGUACAUUAUUCCUUUCAAUGAACAUGAUUUUUAUAUUAUCGUGCUACGUGUACGGUACUGAAUGAAACUGUUCAGUGUAGUUGAUUUUGUUCUUUUCUUUUCUUUCUUUUUUAUUGUUCCAGUUGAAAAUGAUAGAGAAAGCACAUUAAUAAAUUUUGUCCCAGAAUGGCGGGCGACAGCCACAUAUUGUUUCAACCAAUCACAGCUCUGACCGCUGUUGGACCUUAUCGGUCCCUUGCCUGAAGGCAGGCGAUUGUUUGGACCUACCGUCCUGAAGUCGAGGUACUUGUUUUAUUCCCAACUAUAUAUUAAUUACACUUUCGAAAUACAUGUUCGCGUAUGUUUUUCAAUAUUUUGCCGUUCGAGUCGUUAGUUAUAAUGCCAUACGCGUUACGCGGAUCGUGUCGUUCUAAAUCUGAACUUGAUCGAGAGUAACGUUCGAUUUGUAAUAGUAAUUAGAGAUAAAAUAGAUUGGGAACUAUGAAUCAUGACCUUGGCUGCGUGGACGCGUGGCUGGACCGAGAAACAAUAUCAAUCGUAAUGGAUAAUGAGUCGUGGGUAAAUCGUGUUAACUGACUCGAUCGUUCGAAAUGUUGGAACGAGAAAAUUCUCGUGUUUAUUAAGAUCACUUUCUCUUUGGUGAUUCUCGUUUUGUUUUAUUUACUUCUGUUGUUUUUAUUACUAUUACUAUCGCUACUACUAUCACUAUUACUAUUACUAUUACUAUCACUAUCACUAUCGCUAUUUUUUCAAUAUUUAUUAAUUUUGUCAAGUUGCUUUUAGGAUUGUACCGAUCUGUUACAUUCGUAAUGUAAUAAUUUGAUAUAGUACAUGCUGGGACGUUCCAAAUAUUGUUCGAAACGGUAUAAAAGUCAAUCAGUCUGUCUUUUUUCUCGUUCGACAGUUCGAUCGUUCGUAGAAUGCUUAGCUGGCUCUGUGUGUAUCGAUACAUCUGUAUCUUACGUUGCGCAAGAACCCUUCAUUAUCCUGUUCCUUUUUACGCUAAUAAUGUCUUUCCACUUGGUGACAGCGGAUGCACGAUUCGCUCGUGGGGAUCGCUUUGCUCGAAGAAACCGGUAACACGGUGGCUCUUUGUCAUUCUAAUCUCUUUAUAGAGCGGCUCGAAGCAUCGGAAAUUAAGUGCUACCUUUAAAACGAUAUUAGAAUUACCGAUUUUUCACUUCAUCACGAUACAAUUUUCUUAUAUUUUCCUGUGUGUAAUAUUAUUUAUCGUUUUUUUUUCCUCACUUUGUCUUUUCAUUAAGUAGACUAUCGUAUUGUUUGAUUUGAUGGACACAGGUGACAACAGCGUAUUGAUCUUUCUUAUACGCGAAUACGAAAUUCAGUUGAAUCGUAAUUCGAUAAGGGAUUAGAUUAAAUCUGCGAUUCAGUUAAUUCAGUUCUUCCAAUGUCUUUAUUAAAUAUUCUGUCUGUCUUUAUUAAAAUUUACUUUGAAAUUUGUUCAUCACUGUACGAUUUGUACGACACGCAAAACGUGUCGAGAUCGAAUUUUAGGUUGCACUUUAUUCCUGCACGGACCGCUUACAGAAAUUAGCAGUAGUCUCUACUCUUCUACAGCAUUGUUGUUUUCAGCUGACUGCGCCUGAGUAGAAUGGACAAUUAUUGUCGAAGGAAAAAAUAGAGAGGAAUAGGUGAUACGUACACCUGUAUCUCGUUAAAACAAUCAAUAAAUGAUAAUUGUUUGAUAGCACAGUGAUCGCACGGUAUCACGACUCAGAUCAUCGUACUUUUCGUACUGUUCGUUGAGGAAACAAACUUUCUAAAUUGUUUUUAGAAUUAUUAUGUCAGUUUCAAUUGUCUUUCACAUGUAUAAUGAUACACCGAGACGGAGCAAGAAGUCGAUGAUCUUAAUCGCGUUAACGUGUUCUUUUUCUUUUACGAUACUCGAGUAACCAAUGUCUUACCUUAAAGGGUUGCAGCUUCAAACAAUCAAAAUCACUUUUUUUUCUUUUUCUUUUAUGAAAUAAUAGUCGCCGAGCACUGCUGUGCACACAUACAUAUACUCGUAUGGAUAUAUUUGCAUUGUGCAAGCAAACCAGCGGGUAAAUCAGCACACCGGGGGUAUUCUAUGAAUAUGGAAGUCAACGGCAAAGGAAAACGAGUAGUUGUUAGUUCAAAGAACUUGAACUUUUCAGCCUUAACUUACUAUUCUAAGCACUUGAUGUUCUAUUUAUAUUUUGCUGAAAAUCUUGUCCAACUAUCUUCGUCGCUAUUUUGCAUAUAUGUAAGUUUCAGUAAAAUUUGCGAGUUCUUUUGGACAGAAAAGUAAUCGAAGUUGACAGUAUUAUGAACCCUCGAGAGCUCUUCUUCUUCUGGUUUUGGAACAUAAAAAUAAUUAGUAAUUAAGAUAAAAAAUGACAAAUAUAACGAAAGAAAAAAAAAAACGAUUGCAAGAGAUCAGAAGAAUGGUAUUGAAAAAUUAUUGUCAUUGCUGGCAUUAAAAGGGCAUAAUGCAUAUUUGGUGUUGUCAUGUAAAACCAUGUACGUUGCAAGUGAUCGCGAAAGUGAAAGCAAACUGUAUAAUAUAGUGUAUCCAAUCGACCUCGAAAUCGCGCAACAGUUCGUUCAACACGAUGCCUAGUCAAACCUGUUAAGAGGAAUCGAGCACCGGCAUUAGAGAGCGAGUGCAUUAUUUCAAAGGCUAUAAAAAUGAAUGUUGCAGCAGCCACGGUUGCAACUACAAUGAAUUCUUUAAUCACCGAAAUUUUUACCAAUUUUUAUCACAUGAACGCUGCGGCGGCAAAGGAGCAAUUUAAUUAUAGAAACAGGAAAUCAUAAUGCAAGCCAAAUCGAUUAUACCGUUUUUCUACGUUCUACUCCAAUGUCACUUCUGGAUGAUGGUUAUUGCCAGUGAUAAACUUGAUGUAGUCUAUCACUGGAAACAGCUUGAAUACGAAUGGCCAAGUAACGAUACCGAGCUUCUCUUCCCAGGAUACAAACAAGAGGAUAAUCUUCCCCUUGGCCUUGAAAUCACAAGUACCAGAAUCUUCGUCACCGUGCCGAGAUGGAGGCGUGGUGUCGUUGCUAGUUUGAAUUACUUUUACAGAAAUGAUACACGUAGGUCGCCCAAUUUAAUACCGUAUCCUUCUUGGGAGGCACAUCAAUACGAAGCUGGAAGUGUGCCAGAGAUCAUUUCAACGUUUCGAAUUCGUGCAGAUCGCUGCGAAAGACUCUGGGUUCUUGAUACAGGAUUCACCGAUAUUUUGGAUAGUCCAGAGCAGCAAGCACCACCAGCAUUACUCAUCUACGAUCUAAGGGACGAUCGAUUGCUACGAAAAUUCGUUAUUCCCGAAGAUCAAAGAACACCCGAUUCUCUUUUUGCAAAUAUCGCGGUUGAAGAUUAUUCUUGCGAAGAUACGUUUGCUUAUCUGGCUGACUUGGGUGGUCCUGGCCUCGUAGUUUACUCGUGGAAGUCGGAAAAAUCGUGGCUCGUUAAACAUCAUUUCUUUCAACCCGAUCCUCAAGCUGAAGAAUUCAAUGUAUCGGGAAUUUCAUUUCAAUGGACUGAUGGUCUCUUCGGUAUGGGUCUUGCAUCAACUAACGAUGGCUAUAGUAUAAUGUAUUUCCAUCCACUUUCCAGCACCAUGGAAUAUUCAGUUAGUACUAAAUUAUUGAGAGAUCCUGAACGCGCCACUUCUUUAGAUAAUUUUCAUGAAUUUCAUGCUCUCGGAUCUCGUGGACGCAAUGGUCAAAGUAGCGUGAGCUUUUUAGAUCCAAACACUGGAGUUCUUUUUUAUGCAUUAGCUAGUUUGAACGCUAUUGCAUGCUGGAAACCUCGAAAUAUGUUCAAGAUCGAGCAACAAGAUUUUAUUUAUGUAGAUAAUGUUACAAUGGUUUUUCCUAACGAUUUAAAGAUCGAUCAAAAUGGCAACAUUUGGAUACUCUCGGAUCGUUUGCCUGCUUUUAUGUACUCUCGCUUGGACCCUGAAGAUUAUAAUUUCCGAAUUUUUAUGGGUUCGGCUAAAAAGGCUAUAAAAGGCACCGUUUGCUCGAUGAAUUCAUCUUCAAUUUCAAACAGUCCGUACGAUUCUAUGAUAGAACAGAAGAACGUUCAUCCUAAACGUCUAAAAACAGUUCAGAAUUCCGGUUAUGUUUAUAAUUCUGGACUGAUUUCCAUAUUGAUUACUGUCAUAACACUUUUCGUGAGAACAUUUAUCUGAAAAGUCUUUCAUUUUUAAUUAAGGCUAUAACAAUUUAUUGAGUUUCUCAAAACAUCGAGAAUUCGAAUUUCAAAGAAUGUCGAUGUUUUUAUAUGAAUAGGGAACAAUUGAAAUGAGAUGUUUAGGUAACUAAUUAGACAAUAAAUAUGAGAAUGUUACUCUUAGUUUUCUAUGAAUUAUGAUAUAAUCGAUUACUUCGAACGUUAAAAAAGCUGUUAUUUAUAAUUAAUUAUUCUCAAUUUUUAAAUUUAAAGCUGUUAUUUAAACAACUAAAUUUGUCUGAAUUAUACAUGACUAUUUGAAAGAAGUAAUACCGGUUAGAUUUUGUUUAAUCAAUGAUUUUUACAAGUACUUAAAAAGAGAAGUUUGUCAAGUACUAGGACUGAUCACAUAGUAUUAUUAGUUAUAUUAUAUAUGUUCUCAAAAAUAAUUACUAGUAUCAAACAAAUUUUUCAAAUAUUAUGGAGAAACUAAUAUUUAAUUCGAGCAACGCGACUUUAUGGAAUUAUUGAACUAUAUUGGAACUAUAUUAGAAG